AUGAGCUCCCUCUUGACCACACGCCAGGCCGACGAGCUGCACAAGGCCGUCGUGGCCUAUCUCUUCGCCUCCAAUCACCCAACCAGCGCCCAAGCCCUGCAGGACGAGCUUGGCAUCACCGACUCCUUCGAUGAGGGCACGCGCAAGAAGUAUGAGGGGCUGCUGGAGAAGAAGUGGACCAGCGUCGUCCGCUUGCAGAAGAAGAUUAUGGAACUGGAGUCCCGGAACGCCAGCCUCCAGGGCGAACUCGACUCGGCCACGCCCACGUCGCUCAUGAAGAAAAACCAAGACCCCGCCAGCUGGCUGCCCCGCGCCCCUGCCAGACACACCCUCCAGUCCCACCGCCAGCCCAUCACCUGCGUCGCCUUCCACCCUAUAUUCACCUCGCUGGCCUCCGGCUCCGAAGACACUACCAUCAAGAUCUGGGAUUGGGAAUUGGGCGAGCUCGAACGCACCGUCAAGGGUCACACCAAGGGCGUCUUGGACGUCGACUUUGGCGGUCCGCGCGGCGGCACCCUGCUGGCGUCGUGCUCCUCCGACUUGACCAUCAAGCUGUGGGAUCCCUCCGACGAAUACAAGAACAUACGGACCCUGCCGGGUCACGACCACUCCGUCUCCGCCAUCCGCUUCAUCCCGUCGGGCGCUGCGGGCUCGCCGAGCUCGGGCAACCUUCUCGUGUCGGCUUCCCGCGACAAGACUCUGCGCAUCUGGGACGUGACGACGGGAUACUGCGUCAAGACGAUACGUGGCCAUGCUGACUGGGUGCGCGACGUGACUCCUUCCUUUGACGGCCGCUGGCUGCUGUCAGCCGGCAACGACCAGACGGCGCGACUCUGGGACGCGAGCAAUGGCGAGCCUCGGUGCACGUUCGUGGGUCACGAGCACGUGGUCGAGUGUGUGGCUUUGGCACCGCCAGCCGCCUACGGCCACCUGGCCAACCUAGCCGGUUUGAAAAAGCCACCCGCCGCUAGCAGUUCAGCGGAGUUCCUUGCGACGGGCAGCAGAGACAAGAGCAUCAAGCUAUGGGAUGGCCGCGGCACCCUGAUCAAGACACUGGUGGGCCAUGACAACUGGGUCCGCGCCCUCAUGUUUCACCCCGGCGGCAAAUACCUACUCAGCUGCGGUGACGACAAGACAAUUCGAUGCUGGGACCUGGCGCAGGAAGGCAAAUGCGUCAAGACAAUCGAGGACGCCCACAGCCACUUCGUGUCAUGCAUGCGCUGGGCGCCCAGCGUGGUCAAGGAGCCACAGGCCAACGGCGAGGGCAAUGGCGUCCUGCCGCCGCCAAACGGCAAGCCGAAGGAGGACCCUGGCGGCCAGAUCAGGUGCGUCAUUGCGACGGGCAGUGUUGAUUUGAACGUCAGGGUGUUUGCGUCAUAG